AGAGCGACAGAAACGCCCUGACGGAGAUAGAUAGAGGGAGGGAGGGAAGGAGAGAGAGAGAAAGCCAUUGAAUUGAGAGAGAGAGAGAGAGAGAAUAGCUGAGAGAGAGAGAGAGAGAGAGAGAGAGAGAGAAUAGCUGAGAGAGAGAGUAGCUGAGAGAGAGAGAGUAGCGGGGAGAGAAGUUUGUAGCCUACUGGAGAAAUGUUGGUGGAGAUAAAUUGAAGCGGGAGGAUAAGAAAAAACGCAAUAUUGUUUUUGAGUAAAUCAUAUCGUUAUUUAUGAACUAUUGUGUUCGAGAGAGAGACAUAAAUAGAGCAUCCCGUUAUCGAACAAAUUGAUCUGAUGAUCAUGACGGCAGCUGUCGACAUGAAACCGACGUUAACCAUCAUAAAGUCUGAAAGAAUGGACGAUCUGGAGUGUGGAGAUGUGCCCCUGCUCACUCCAGGGAGUAAAGAGAUGAUGUCGCAGGCUCUGAAGGACACGUUCAGCGGCUUCACAAAGGAACAGCAACGACUGGCUAUUCCCAAAGACCCCAGGCAGUGGACAGAGUGCCACGUGGGAGAGUGGCUGACGUGGACGGUGAACGAGUUCAGCCUGAAGAGUGUGGACUUCCACAAGUUUUGUAUGAACGGGGCCAGUCUGUGUGCUUUGGGGAAGGAACGCUUCCUGGAUCUAGCGCCUGACUUUGUGGGCGACAUUCUCUGGGAACAUCUAGAGAUGCUUCAGAAAGAAGACACAAAGCAUUUCCCUGUCAACGGCCUGACCUCUACCUUCCAGGAGUCCCACUAUACCUCAGACUACUUUGUCAGCUAUGGCGUUGAACAUGCCCAGUGCGUUCCUCCCUCUGAAUACUCCGAGCCGGGCUUCAUCACAGAGUCCUACCAGACCCUUCACCCAAUCAGCUCAGAGGACCUGCUGUCACUCAAGUACGAAAGUGAAUACCCCAACGUCAUCCUCCGGGACAUGCCUCUCAACCCACUUCAGGGGGACUACUUCUCCGUCAAACAGGAGGUGGUCUCCCCCGACAACAUGUGUGUGGGCCGCAUCAGCAGAGGUAAGCUGGGAGGCCAGGACUCGUUUGAGAGCAUUGAGAGCUUUGAAAGCUGUGACCGUCUGACCCAGUCCUGGAGCAGCCAGUCUUCCUUCAACAGUCUGCAGCGCGUCCCAUCCUACGACAACUUUGACUCUGAGGACUACCCCAACGCCCUACACGGACACAAGCCCAAGGGAACCUUCAAGGACUACGUCAGGGAGCGCUCAGACCUCAGCAAGGACAAACCUGUCAUCCCCGCCGCAGCACUCGCAGGAUACACAGGCAGUGGCCCCAUCCAGCUGUGGCAGUUUCUGCUGGAGCUUCUGACGGACAAAUCCUGUCAGUCCUUCAUCAGCUGGACGGGAGACGGCUGGGAGUUCAAGCUGUCCGACCCUGACGAGGUGGCUCGAAGGUGGGGGAAGAGGAAAAACAAGCCCAAGAUGAACUACGAAAAGCUGAGCCGAGGCCUGCGCUACUACUACGACAAGAACAUAAUCCACAAGACAUCAGGGAAGCGCUAUGUCUACCGCUUUGUCUGUGACUUGAAAAGCCUGCUGGGAUACACCCCCGAGGAGCUCCACGCCAUGCUGGACGUCAAGCCUGAUGCGGACGAGUGAAAACAGAGGGAUGAGAGAAGAGGAGAGUAAAGGAGCCGAGGGGACUGGGGCUCAGAGAUUGAUAUUUACCGUCGGGUAAAAGGGGGCGUCCAUUUUGGGACCAAACAUGUUAAUUCUUAACACCUAAACUGUGGUCUGUAUCAUUUCGAGCUGUUGUCAAACGAUGUUCAGAAAGAAAGCACUAUGCCAAAUGUGCAAAUUCAUAAUUUGUUGCAUUUGAGAUAGAUACAGGUAUUACUUAGUAACUCAAGGCACAUGGAAAGCCAUCAAUUAGAAUAUAGUGGCCAUUUAGCCUAUGUAGGACAAAGAACUGUCAUUGAGGAAGAGGGCCAAGAGACAGUGAAGGAUUCAUUUUAGGGAAGGACAUUGCAUGGAUGGAGAGUUCCUUCUAUGGAAUUUGUUGCCAAAUUAAAAAUGGAAAGUAGUGGAAGUAGGUCACUGUUUCUAUGCCACUGCACACAAUAGGCAUUGGGUAGAGUUCUCAGCUUGGACCAAAAAAGUAUUUUUUAUUUUUUACUGUUGUUUCAGAAGCAUAAUGUUUGUGCCAGUAUUAUCGUUGAGAUUGUACUGUUGAGUCUCAGUCCGACCAGGGUUCCCCUGAUUAGUUUUUUUUAUGCUGAUGAAGCUAUUCUGAAACCAAACAUUGCACCAUUUAAGGCUAAGUUAGUCCUGUCUCCUCUCUGCGAAAGCCCAAUAACUGAAACAUGCUGAUUUGGUUAUACAGACGACACUAGACACUGGCCUUUUUACUCACUUUCAUAGGUUGGAUAGAGAGUAACUUACUCAUACCAAGAACGGUUGAUAGACAACUGAAAGUAACCGUUGCUUUAAAACUGACGCUUUCUCCUUUGCACAUUUGCCGCUUCGCUAUAGAAAUAUACUGUCUGCCACCAGGACUUUGCAGAUUGCAUACAUUACUGUCCUGCCACCAGUAAUAAAAGUCCUUAGACACCCUUUCUGUGGUGAGUUUUGAAAGUAUUUGGACACAAAAGAGUCAAACGUGCUCAAUCUGUAUAUUAAAUGGUUUUCCAUGCCCCCAUUUUAGCAUUGUUUUAGACGAGAACAAAGAGGGAGGGACCUGUUGUUGACAGAUUGAAUUGCGAGCCAUGUAUAUGAGGGAUUGUUUUUGUCUGAAAGCUUAGGAAUGUAGAGUGUACUGUAUUUUGGUGUGUAAUGUGGUCUCUGGAUGAAGGGAAGCUGCCAUAGAUAGGUAAGGUAUAUCGAGGUGCAUGAUGGUAGUAGGAUGAAAAGAUAAGGGUUCGAAGCAAGGAGUAUAAACUUUGGAUGACUGUUUGAAGAAGAGGACUGGGUGGUUUUGGGAGGGAACCGUCGAGUUGUGAAGUUAAAGAGAAUGAUCAUCAUUAUGGCAUGAGGAUGAGAUUAAUGCUUGUGCCGUUGCACAGCUUGGAGGCUUUUGUUAACUGAAGUGUUUGUAUAGAUGCUCCCUUUCACCACUGUCGGAGGAGGUAGAGAUCUAUAGGAAACAGGACUACCAUAAACAGUUGAGCUAAAGGAGUACUUGGAGAGAUGUGGCAUUGUAUGCUAUUUUCUUACCAUGCUUUGUACAUGCUUUUCUAUUGUUUCUAAGACAAAAGGACAUCCCAUUCAGUAUAUGAAAUGGAUAAAUGAAAUGAUAUGCCCUGAAAACUCUAUGUACUUGUGCGGCUUGCUGAAGAUCCACAGUAGUUUUGCUGGUUGCUCGUCAGUGGGAACAUGACUGUACGCAGGCAUUAUGGGAAAAGCCGAAGUCAAGAAAUAUCAUCUUAAAAUACAAAUGUUGUUGUUUACAGUGGCUGAAUGUUACCCAUAUUGAUGAAAAUAGGUUUUGAAAUGUCUAUUUGUACAGAUUGUAUUUCCUAACGCUUUAUUAAGACCCAGAUUAAACAAAUAAGCAAGAGACUAAGCAGGAAUAAUAACCAAACCCAUGUGAGGUCUGGGCAAUAGAUAGCGCUUUGGGUAUGUCCACCAUCUUGGAGGACAGGGACCGUUAUUCCCUCGCGUUCAAAGUGUUGUUUCUGCUUUGAUCUUUUGAUUUGUUGGAAAGCACUCAGCGUUAGGACUCAGCGAAGAGAUUUGGCUGGACUGACUGUAGUUCCCCCUUGAGAUUUUAGGAAAGCGAUUUCUUUCCAUAUUAGUUACUUUUUAGUUGGGCAACUAACCACAGAGUUGGUACUUCAAGUGUCGGUCAGCAUAAACACACACCCACACACACAAACAUGUAAUUGUGUAGAGAAGAUUGAAUUCUCUUGAACAAGUCAAUCCACCCAGUCUCUGUGGUUCCGUCGUUUAUGCACGCUACAUGUCCAGGAUUCACAUCACUGUUUGAUUAUUACAGAUGUUUUUACUUCAAAGAAUGUUUUUUUUUUAAAUGUUAGGACAACUGUUCAGAUAUUUAAAUAUAUGCUUAACUUGUUGUUGACGAUGCCUUCCAGCUCCAAGCCAGUCACCAUUUUGAGUAGAUCAGAAUAUAAUAUCUUUCUCUGUUUAAAUGGAACAUAUACUGUGUCUGUUUGGACUUCAAAGUCGAGUUUGUUUCAGUAAAUGUCAUAUACGUUAAGUUGUAGACACAAGUAUUGCACAGAUAUUUCUAAAUGGACUAAAUACAUACAUACACAGAUACCUUACCAUAUUACCAUAUCUCAAACUGAUCCAUUAGGAAACCUGUUUUGUUAUGGAUGGUGUUGUUUUUUUGUAUAUUUUAUAGUGUUUCUGUAUUUUUGUUAAUGAGAUACUUUUUAUGUAUUUAGUUCACAAACAUUUGAAUAUUUUUCAAUAAUUUAUAUUUUAUAAAAGAAAAAGACAGACAGCUGGUGCUUUCAUGGGAAAUAAAGGUAGCACAGGAAAAAAUGUAGCGAUUUUCUUUCGGUAUAGAGAAUAGACCUUUCUGUUAAAGAAAAAGGCUGAUGCUGGCCCAUCAUUGAUUUCUGCUGGAAAGUUUUAUAAACUGAAGCUUCUAUUUCUUAAUGUACUUUUAAAAAAUGAUGUCAUAAAAAAAUAUAUGUGAACAAAUAUUUCA